AUGAAUCGAAUGUGUUUCUCAUCUGGUUCCCUUGGUGGAAGAAGGUGCUUCUCUUCGGCUUCUGCCGUUUAUGGCCUCAGUGGAGGUAGAACCAGCUCAGGCUCCAUGUCCUGGCCUGCCGGAAGAAGUGAAAGCGGUGGCUUUGGCAGCACAAGUCUCUUUGAGCUGGGUAGAAGUCACAGAAUUUCCUAUGGUGGAGGUUAUGGUCUUGGACACUGUGGUGCAUAUGGUGGUGGGGGGUACGGUUACGGUGCAGGCUAUGGCAGUGGUGCGGGCUUUGGCAGCCAUUUCGGUGUUGGCAGUGGUGCAGGUUAUGGUAGCUGUGUAGGCUACGGCAGUGGAGGCUAUAGAGGUUCCUCUGGCUUCGGAGGUUACUCCCCCUACCAUUUCGGAAGCGGUGUACGUUACGGUGUCGGACAUGCAGGUAGAAGUGACAGUAUCCAAGGGGUGUGCAUCCAUCCGGAACUGUUGAAGCCUCUUUCUGUGGGGGUUGACCCAGAAGAACAUAAAAUACGAGCACAUGAGAAGGAGCAGAUAAAAUGUCUCAAUGACCAGUUCGCCUGCUUCAUUGACAAGGUCCGCUGCCUUGAGCAGCAGAACAAGGUGCUGGCAACCAAAUGGGAACUCUUGCAGCAGCACACUGUACCACCAAGGAGAGACAUUGUACCUAUUUUCGAGAAUUACAUCUGCCAACUGAAGAAACAGCUGGAAUGUUUGUUACAUGACAGAGCGAGACUGGACGAUGAAGAAAAGGCUGUCCAGGACUUGGUCCAUGAGUACAAAAGCAAAUAUGAAGGGGAAAUCAACAAACGCACGCAUGCAGAGAAUGAGUUUGUGGUGCUCAAGAAGGAUGUGGACUGUGUCUUCAUGACCAAAGAGGAGCUGGAGGCCAAGCUGUUGCAGCUAAGGCAGCACUUUGAUUUCCUGAAAUGCAUCUUUAUUGAGGAGCAAGCUCAGCUAGAUGGCCAACUCUGCGAUACCGCCAUUGUUUUGGAAAUGGACAACAGCCGAGACCUGGACCUCAGUGGCAUUAUCCAGAGUGUUAAAUGCUGUUAUGAGGAAAUCGCUCAAAAGAGCAAAGGAGAAGCUGAGACGUUCUACCAAACUAGACUUGAGGAGCUGAGCACCAACAGAGGCAGAUUCUCCGAUGACCUGAAGAAUAUCCAGGGUGAAAUAGCGGAGCUGAAACGGCUGAUCCACAAACUGCAGGGCGAGACUGAUAAAGUGAAGAAAGAGAUUGCCUGUCUGCAGACGGCCAUUGCUGACGCUGAGCAUCGAGGCGACUGCGCCCUCAAAGACGCCAGAGAGAAGCAUAUUGAUUUGCAGAACGCCUUGCAGAAGGCCAAGGACAAACUGGCCUGCAUGCUGCGGGACUACCACGAGCUACUCAACGUCAAGCUGGCCUUGGAUAUUGAGAUAGCUACAUACAGAACACUGCUGGAAGGAGAAGAAACCAGGAUAUGCACAGGGAACCCCACGAAUGUCGCUGUGGUCAGCGGUGGCCAUACCAUCGGGGAUUGCAGAGCCGGCUUUGGAAGUGUUUGUGGACCUCUAAAGGGAGGAUUCAGCCAUGGAAUUGGAAUGUUUGCCUCCAGUGACGGAUUCAGCUCCAGAAGUGCAGAAGGCAUCUCCAGGAUGGGAGGUGGCUAUGGCACAAGGAGUGCCGUCAGCUCUUCAGGAAGGGGAUAUAGUUCUGGAGGACUAGGUAGUGGAGGAAUUGGGUAUGGUUUGGGAGGAUUCAGCUCUGGAAGUGCGGGAUACAGCUACAGACGUGUGCUCAGCGAUGGAUUUUCAAGUUCAGGGGGUGCUGGCGCUCACAUGGGUGGAGUGAGCAGCUCAGGGAGUGCAGGAGGCGGAGGUGAUGUGGGAUACCAUUCCUCGGGCGGAGUCAGUUCUGCAGGUGGAGUUUGCAGCUCUGGAGAUGUAGCCUCCUCUGGAGAUGCAGUAGGGAGCUCUGGCAGUGCAAGUGGGCUUCAUUCUUCAGUGGAACAUUAUAGCUCUGGAGGGGUAGGAAGCUCUGGGGGUGGAGUUUAUAGCAGCGGAGGUGUAGGCAGCAGUGGAAGUGGAGGAGCAUACAGCUCGGGUACGCGCAUGGUAUCAGUCAGCUCUUCAAGCAGAAGGAUCAUCCGAUAA